CUUCGCGGGGAGGGCGGGGCUUCUCGGGAGAAGGCCGGAAGUGGGGCGGGCCGGCCCGGAAGUGGGGCGGGCCGGCCCGGAAGGCGGCGGUGGCGGAUCUGGCGGCGGCGAUGAGCUUCGCAUGGCCCUGGCAGUACAGCUUCCCGCCCUUCUUCACGCUGCAGCCCAACGGUGAGACGCGGCAGAAGCAGCUCUCGGCCUGGUGCGCGCUGGCGCUCGCCUACAGCCAGCGGCACCGGCUGCCCGCCAUGACGGUGCGGGAGGCCCAGGACAGCCCGCUCUUCGCCAACCACCGCCUGCAGCGGAAGCUUCCGCUGGAGUCCAUCCAGGUGGUGUUGGAGGAGCUCCGCAAGAACGGGAACCUGGAAUGGUUAGAUAAGAACAAAACCAGUUUUCUGAUCAUGUGGAGGAGACCAGAAGAAUGGGGAAAGCUCAUCUAUCAGUGGGUGUCGAAGAAUGGCUUGACCAACUCUGUAUUCACGCUGUAUGAAUUAGCCAGUGGCGAUGACACAGAGAACGAAGAGUUCCAUGGCUUGGAUGAGACUAUGCUGCUCCGUGCUCUGCAAGCCUUGCAGCAAGAGCAUAAGGCUGAAAUUAUCACGCUGGAUGAUGGCCGAGGCGUCAAGUUCUUCUGAUGGAAGCCCCUGCCCCUCCACUCUUCCCUGGCUGCUGAAGCGGUCUUGCUGUGAAGGUUUGCACUCCUGGCCUGGUUUCAAGCCAUGACUGCAAGCAGCUGCAUACUUGGGAUUUCUUGGGGCAAGGAGAGUCUGCGAAGCCUUCCAAAGAUGUGACUUCUUAGAAAUAUUCAGAGAUCCUCUGUCUGUCUUUUCUCCCUGUUGAUUGUGCUUGAGAGGCUAAAGCUGCUCUAGGCAGCUCUGAGAGGGACCACCCAGAAGUGAAAUAAUGGGACUGCUCCAGUUGCUGGUCCCCGUUCCUGCAAAGGCCACGGAGCAGUCUCUUCAGCUGGGUGGUUGAGCUUGGCCUCAAAGGGCAUCUCCUUCCCUCCUGGCAGCCGUGUUUCAGGCUCUGCAGUCCCUGCUGUGUUGCCAAGCAGGGUGAGAGCAAGUGCGAGGAACUUGCUGUCGCUGCGGUGCUGUAGAAGACCUCAGUGGCAGACUGAUAAUGUGCUUGCUGCAAAGCAGGCUGUGCAGCGGGGUGGGGGUGGAUGCCAAGGAACUACAUUUGAAGUAAUUAAAAUGAAAUGUAUUUAUAGAGCA